UGAUGGGCCUGUCUUGGACAACUUGUGUGACAACGUCAUAAGUCAGCAUUUUUCUUCUGAAGCUUCUGGUUCAGAUAGCGAAGAGGACGAGUCUCAAGCUCCCGUGGAGAAUCCCGCAUCAAGUCAGGUGAAGGCUCCUAUGAAAGAGGCGGUUGGAAAAAGGAAGACUGUUACUUCCGAUUCAGAUAGUGAGGAUGAAGAAGCUGCCACCCAAGCUCCGGUGGGAAAGAAACAAGAAGAGGCUGCUACAGUUGGAUUAAAAAACACAGGCAGUGCUACUUCUGAUUCAGAUAGCGAGGACGACACUCAAGUUCCGGUGGAAAAGAAUCAAGAAGAGGCUACUACAGUUGGAGUAAAAAAAACAGGCAGUGCUACUUCCGAUUCAGAUAGUAAGGACGAAGAAGAACUUCCGGUAGAAAAUAAUCAACAAGAGGCUGCCACAGUUGGAGGAAAAAAAACAGGCAAUGCUACUUCCGAUCCAGAUAGCGAGGACGACACUCAAGUUCCGGUGGAAAAGAAUCAGGAAAAGGCUGCUACAGUUGGAGGAAAACAAAUACGCAGUUUAGAAUAUCAAACUAAGACGCAGGCUCCGCUGCAAAGUCAGAAGAAGAGUGCCGCGAAACAGGCUACUGCGGGUAGAAAGAAGACGACCGACGUGGACAAAGACGAUGCACAGCAUAAGCCUGGAGGAAAAAAAACAGGCGGUAGCGAGGAUGAAGAGGCCGACGCCGUAGAAACUCACACUAAGACUCGGGCUCCUCUGCAAAGUCAGACGCAGACCGUCGUGAAGCAGGUUACUGCGGGUAGAAAGAAGACAAGCGUUUCCGGCGACGACGAAGACGAUGCCCUGCAUAAUCUUGGAGGAAAAAAAACAGGCAAUAUCGAGGACGAAGAAGCCGAAGAAACUCAGACUCAGACUCAGGCCCCUCCGCAAAGUCAGACGAAUACUGCCGCGAAGCAGGCUACUGCGGUUAGAACGAAGGCAAGCGUUUCCAGUUCACAGAAGCAGAGGCUUGAGAGUCGUGCAGCUUCUCAAUCCGACUCGGAGCAGGAGUUGCCAAGCUCUCAGCCACCAAAAUCUGGGAAAGCAAGAGACAGGCGCCUUUCUGGGACGCGUAAGCGAGGAAAACCUCCAGCUAAAACCGCUUCCGGUUCCGAUGCUAGCGAAGAGGAAUCGGAUACGGACUUCAAACUAAGGUUGAAAGGAGCAAGUACUCCGAGGAGAAAUCCUCGCAGAACCGCCGUUGAUUCCAGGUUCCAGAUGUUUGUUGAUAAAAACGACGGCUUGGACUCGCUCUUUACAGCACGGAGCUCCAGUCGACCGGUCACGGAGCCGGACGUUGUCCCGGAGACGCAAAACGUGGAAGAAACUUUGACGGGCCCUCAAGGUGGUCAGAAGAAAACAGCGAGCCGAAGAAGCUCGCAGGCCCAAACUCCUCCGGUCAUUCAGCAGGAUCCUUCUCCAGUGAUGAUCAUCACUCCGGAAGGAGUGGUGAGCUCUCAAGAAGCAGCGCCAGGGGCAGAGAAAGCUCGCGGCGAAACGAAAAGAAAGCGUCCUUCAGCGAAGGCAAGCAAGCGCCGCGCCAAGAGCAGCGAGCAAACUCCGGCUCCAACGCGCACUACUUUCACUCCGGCUCCAUCUCCGACUACUCCUUUGGCUCCGAUUCCACUCAUGGAGAGAAUGCCAACGUCGAGUGGUAAGAAGAAGCGUAGGCAGGCGUAGAGAGCCCGUGGAUUGUCCAUUCUGUGGUAGAACCUAUUCCUACCAGACUGGAGCGUUUAAGAAAGCUUGUGGAAGAAAGAGGAAUCUUCUUUUUCAAAAGCAGGAUAUGCUUUUAGGGGUAAGAUAUUCCGUCUAUAGGACGGUAUAUUUCUUUUUGUUUUUUGAAAGAGGUAUAUUCGAUGUU